UUUUUAUGUUCCUGUGGCGUUUUGUUUUUUAAGUAACAAACAUACUGAUACUUACAUCAAUAUGUGGAAAACAUUACAAAAUAUAUGUAUUCAAAUUACUGGUAAUAUAAUAAAUUUAAGCUAUUUUCAUGUCAACUUUGAAAAAUCUGUGCAUAAUGCAGUAUUGCAAAUUUUCCCUUACUGCAAAAUUACGUGUUGUAACUUUCAUUUAGGGCAAAAUUGGUUUAGACAUAUUCAACAACAUAAAUUAUUAUCGAGCGAGUACUUAAACAAUGACUCAGAAGUUGACAAAUGGAUGAAAUGUUUUUUUGGAAUAAGUUAUUUACCUCCUGACGAAGUUUCUGAUGGAUUUUGUGAUCUUAUGUCGAUAGCACCAAGUACUACGUCUAGUAAUAUUUCUAUAUUUUUCGAUUAUAUUUUAGAAAAUUACAUUGCAUCGGACAGCAAUUUUCCUCCAACAUUAUGGGCUUGUAAACCUACUAAUAAUCCUAAGACUACUAAUGGUGCAGAAAGUUAUCACAAACAAUAUAACAGUCAGUUUUACACUGCUCAUCCGCACAUACAUCAAGUAAUCGACGUCAUUAUUGAAAUUCAAAGUGACACUGAUUUAAAAAUUAAGACAUAUAAGGCACUUGGAACCAUACCUGUAUCUUUAGCAACUAUAAAAAGAAGCUUUUCUAAGGUAAAGCUUAUGCAGACCAGACUUCGAUCAACAACAUGUGAGAGUCGUUUGGAAAGUUUGUUAAUUUUAAGCAUGGAAAGAGAUGUACCAAUAAAUCACCAAGAAGUUAUUGAUAUGUUUGCUCAAAUAUCAACUUUCUUAAAAAAAUAA